GUUAAUGUCCACGAUGGAGACAUCGCAUUCACCGAUAUGCUUGUGAUUUAGCAACAAUAUAGAGAUUAGCGAAACAGGAACGCAAAUGGAGGAGAAAGUGUCCUUUGUGGGCUCCGAAGAAACUAAAGCGGGUUGGUAUUUGGAGAAAUUAAGAUUUCAUUCAGGCAUCGAUGAAGAGGAGGAGAGUCUUGAUAAUGAGCGGAUGAGCGAGCAGGCGAGAAAGAAAACAUUGGAUGCCGAGUUCAUAUGGACCGUCCAGGCCACGUGGCACCUGAUCAACACCCGUCUGGAAAUGGACCAAGCUUUUGAGCAGCCCGUGUGCAAGAAGAAGAAACUUUGGGAGACAGUGGCCGAGAGGGUCAACGCCCGUCUGAGGGAGGAGGCGCGCGAAGCGGCCGACGUGGGCGUCAAGGCCCACGAGUGCGACCUGAAGUGGAGAAACAUGCUGAACACCUACAGGAAGAACGCCGAGCGGGCAAAGAGGCUGGGGGACGCCGCCGUCCACUGGGAGUUCUUCGGGGCCAUGCGCCGCGUCCUGGGCAGGGAGGCGCAGGCCAGGCGGGGCGCCAAGAUGGGCGGCACCAAGGCGAGCAAGAGGUUCGCGCCCAUUCUGCCUUUGCCCCCUCCCGCGGCGUCUUCGACGUCCUCCUGCGCCCCGAGGCCACCGCAGGAUGUGCUGCAGCUGUACAUGGAGCUGCAGGGGAGGAAGUUGAACAUGUGGGCCCAGCAGAAGGCGCUAGAGGAGCGGAAGAUCGAGGCCAUCAACAACCUGGCGCACGCCAUUGCCAGUCUGGCGCAGAAGGACAAAGAGAGCUGCUAGACGGACGGGCGGACUCUCGUGGACAUGCGCCUUGUCAAGAUAAUGCACCAAAAAUACAGCUUUCUAUUUUUUCUCCCCAAAAUAGAUCAGACUUUAUUCUCAUAUGACUUUUUUCGUGGGGGGAAAAAAAUGGAUUUUAAUCUUUCCUUUGAGAAAAUAUGGCUUAUCUUGAAAAACACUUUGCUCUUGAGAUAUUUCAACAUUAUUCAAUAAAAUGUAACUUCCGUCCAUCUUCUUCCGCUAAUCCGGGGUCAGGUCACGGAGUCAGUAGCUUUAGCAGGGACGCACAGACUUCCCUCUCCCCCAGCCACUUCGUCCAGCUCUU